ACUUUCCCACUUUGCGCCCCUCCUCGCUGCCGGGGCUGAGUCGAGCCAGGACCGGCCGCCGCUUCCCCCCUCCUCCCCGCCGCGCCGUCCUCCCUCUCCCCCGCUCCAUCCGAUCCUCCGGUCCCCCAGGGCACAGUGUGGGAAGUACGAAUUUCCGCUGAGUUUUCUCGGCGAGAUUCGGAGCUCGUCUUUCUCCAGCUCCCCGCUCCGCCUGCCACCUCCCUCUCUCCGCUCCGCCCGCCCCCUCCGCCCCUGGGAGAGCCGGCGGAGCAGCGGGCAGCCGCGCUGCUCCGCUCCGGCACCCCCGCCCGCCCCCCGCGGCAGCACCGGCCCCGUCACCGCCGAACCGCAGCCUGCGGGCCGCGACGGGCGGCGGAGCCCGGGCGGCGGCAGCCUGCAGCCCUCCCGGCCACUCCGCGCCCCCGGCCGGCUCGGGCGAGCCCAUGGUGCCGGGCACCGCGACCUGCAGCCGCCGCCGCGCCUGCCUGCCCGGCGCGGAGCUCAGCCCGGCGCGGAGGAGAGGAGGGGCCGAUUAGCAGCCGCGGAGGAGGAGCAGGGGGAUGCCGAAGAGACACAAAGCCGGCGGUGGAAGCAGCCCACGGCUCGUCCCGGGAUGGAGGCGCCACGCCGGGUCCGCCUGAUGGUGCUGCCGCGGGUGCUUUGGGGCUCCGUCCCCUUCUUCCUCCUGCUGCUGCCUGCGGCCGAGCCCAUCUGCCCCGAGCCGUGCGACUGCCAGCAGCACCAGCACCUCCUCUGCACCAACCGAGGCCUGCGCUCAGUGCCCAAGGCUGCCGAGCCCCAGGAUGUCCUCACCUACAGCCUCGGGGGCAACUUCAUCGCCAACAUCUCCGCCUUCGACUUCCACCGCCUGGCAGGGCUCCAGCGCCUGGACCUUCAGUACAACCGGAUCCGCUCACUGCAUCCCAAGGCCUUUGAGCGCCUAGGUCAGCUGGAGGAGCUCUACCUGGGCAACAACCUGCUGCCAGCACUGGUCCCCGGCACCCUCAGUGCCCUUGCCAAGCUGCGCAUCCUCUAUGUGAAUGCUAAUGAAAUCGGCCGCCUGAGCGCGGCUUCCUUCUCUGGCCUUGGCAGCCUUGUCAAGCUGCGCCUGGAUGGCAAUGAGCUGGGCUCACUGGGUGACUCCACUUUCUCAGGGCUGCCAAACUUACUCUACCUGCACCUGGAGUCCAACCGCAUCCGCUGGCUGAGCCGCGGUGCCUUCACUGGCCUGGCUAAGCUGCGCUUCCUCGACCUCUCAGGGAACCAGCAGAGCUCCCUUCGCCACCCAGACAUCUUCGGGCCACUGCGCUCCCUCCACACCCUGCUGCUGGCCAGCAACAACCUGCAGCAGCUGACAGGGGGCCUCUUCCAGCACCUGCCUGGCUUGGCGAAGCUCUCUCUCAGUGGCAACCAACUAGCUCACCUGGCCCCAGAUGCCUUCACAGGGCUGGGAUCACUGAAGGAGCUGCGCCUGGAGGGAAACCUGCUGAGCCACCUGCCUGCUGCCCUGCUGGAGCCGCUGAGCAGCCUGGAGGCGCUGGAUCUGAGCCGCAAUGUGCUGACCACCCUACACCCGGCGACCUUCGGCCACCUUGGCCACUUGCGGGAGCUCAGCCUGCGAGACAACGCGCUGGCCACCCUCCCUGGGGAGCUCUUUGCCUCUAGCCCAGCUCUCUACCGUCUGGAGUUGGAGGGGAACGCCUGGAGCUGCGACUGCCGUCUCCGUGGCCUCAAGCACUGGCUGGGGGCCUGGCACUCCCAGGGCCGCCUGCUCACCGUCUUCGUGCAGUGCCGCCAGCCACCCGCCCUGGCCGGCAAGUACCUCGACUACCUGCAGGACGCCCAGCUGCCGCCACCGCAAGGCGGCGACCCCUGUCCCGACGGCGCCUCUCGCUCCUCCACGUCCCCCCCGCCGGCACCGGAGGAGCAACGCCAGCCGCCGCCAGCCGCCGAGCGCCUCGGUAGCAACAGCAGCGGCGCGGGGCUGCCCCGCGGGCCGCCGGGGCCGCCGCCGUCCGCCUCCACCGCCCGCCUGCUGGGGGCGGCACCGCCGAGAGCCGCGGCGGAGGCCGCCAGCCCCACGCCGCCGCUGCCCGUCCGCCCGGCGCCGCCCAGCGCGGCCUGGCCUCGGCGGGCCGGCAAGCCCCGCUCGGUGCCGGCCGCCGGGAUCCCGCCGCUGGUGUCCGACCCGUGCGACUUCAACAAGCUCUUCCUCUGCAACCUGUCGGUGGAGGCGGUGGGCUCCAGCUCGGUGACGGUGCGCUGGGCCGUGCGGCCGCACCGCAGCCCACGCCUGCUGGGGCCGGUGCGGUUCCGCCUCCUCUUCGACCGCUUCGGCACCGCCGUCAAGUUCCAGCGCUUCGUCUACCUGCCGGAGCGCGGGGAGCCGGCCGCCACCCUGCGGGAGCUCCGCCCGGACACCCCCUACCUCGUCUGCGUCGAGGGCGUCCUCGGCGGCCGCGUGUGCCCGGUGGCGCCGCGGGACCACUGCGCCGGGCUGGUCACCCUGCCCGAGGGCGGCGCGGCGACGGGCGGGCCCCGCGGCCCCGACCAGCAGCUGCUCACGCUGGUGCUGCUGGCGGUGAACGCGCUGCUGCUCUUCGCGGCGCUGGCGGCCUGGGCCUCCCGCCUGCUGCGGAAGAAGGUUCUGGGGCGGCGGCGGCGGAAGGCGGCCCCCGUUCACGUCCGGCAGCUGUACUCCACUCGACGGCCCCUCCGCUCCAUGGGCACCGGCGUCUCCGCUGACUUCUCAGGCUUCCAGUCCCACCGGCCGCCCCGCGGUGCCGCCUGCGCCCUCAGCGAGGCCGACCUCAUCGAGUUUCCCUGCGAGCGCUUCAUGGACAGCGGCGGCCGCCACGCCGACGACCACCUGCUGCAGCGGUUCGCCGACUGAGCCCGCCGAACUACCGCUCCCGGCAGGCCCCGCGCGGGGGGCGGGCGCCGCCGUGCGGAGAGGUCCGCCGGGAGCUGUAGUCCGUGCGGCGGGGGAUGGAGCCGGGACAGGCGUGUCGCGGCCUCCGAGGGGCAGCGCUGCAGAGCCCUUGCCGCAGGCCGGGGCUGGAACACCGGCCUCCUCGGGUCACGUCUGCUGGGAGGUCAGCGUUUCCUCGAAGUCAUCGCUAACCCAAGCAGAAGCGCUGGCUGUGGUGGGAACUGUUCCUCGUCAUGAGGAGAGCAAAACGGCGGGAGCGACUGCAAAGAGCAGCUGGUGCCUCCCUCACGUGAGCUCAGCCUUAAUAAGUGUAGUAUUCUACAGGUGGUUUGUUUUUUUUUCAUCAUGCUGCAGUUGGGAACGACAGUGUCAGAGUGGCCCGGCGCUGCAUGAGAACACUUUGAACAGACCUUUUCGAGGCAUCGACCCUUCCUAAUUAAAAAUUUGGACUGAGGGUCAUCUUCGUUGAACUGUGCUGUCUGCGAGUUGGCUGGAGGGCUGGAAAUGUCUGUUUGGUGCCGGACAGUUCGAAGGCUGUGCCGUUUUAACUCAAAAACGAAUGUGAGGCGAUUUGAUGUGCACGAGUGUGUUUUCAUACUUCUUUGUAAACGGGGAAACAAUAAUGCAGCUGGUUUUACAGGAAUAUAUUGCUGACACCACUAGGAAUAACUAACAGAGUUUUGUAAUAUGUUUACAAAUGAGCUAUUUUUAAAUUGUUUUUGGAUAAAUACUGCUUGGUACUUGUACACAUUAUUGUGUGCUGUAGUUGUCUGGGUCCGUGAUGGUCAGUAGGUCACUGACCCUCACAUAAUCCAUCUUCAUUUCUAAAUGGGUGGAUGCAGAGGUGAACUGUUGAUGAAUAAAUAAUACUGGUGCCUUUCUCCACAAACAAUAAUAAGUGAGAAUGUGUCAGGAAUGUGAAACGGUCUUUAACCUAACAGGCAAUUCUCUCUUAGCCUUAACCUACUAAAGUUAUAAGCUUCAUGUACCUCACUGUGAAAUAAACAUUUUUGUAUAUUAAUCUAGAUUCCGUGUUUUGUGUAGCUGAGUGAGUAAUGCUAAAGUUAAAAGUUAAACCCUUAUGCAGUAGUAUAUGAUGUUUGAGUUGGUUUGUUUGUUUUUUUUUUUUUUUAAUUAGAAUUUGCUUUUGGUUUUAGAGCAAUGCUAAUCAUUUUAUGAUCAGUUGCUCUCUACUUUCUCAGACUUUUACUUUCCUAAAUAUUUACAGAAUGUGGUUCUGUUACUAUGAAAUAUGGUGGUUUUGUUUACAUUAAUAAUUCUCUCUGUGUGGUCUAGAAGUGAGCUAAUUAAAAAGGUCCAAACUGUGGUUACACUUGAAAUGCAAAUGUUUUAGAUGGAUUUGGGUAAAUUGUUGAGACCAUUGGUACUACUUCUGCUCCUUUGAAUUUAAUGUGCAACCUCAGAUGAACUCCUGUGGAACUGAAUGGCUUGAAGGACAUGUUAGUGGACUAUGGAGAGAUUCAUCUCAGUAUCCUCCAUUCAUUGCUGACCUGAGGUAUUCAUGACUACAAGUCGUUUAUUACCAUAAUUGCAAGUAAGCAUUUUUUUUUUCAGGUUUUUUUUUUUUUUUUUCAGAUGAACGAGCGUUUACAAAAGACACCAUAGUAACUGGUACCUUCAAUUGGAGUUCAGGGACUGAAUGGAGAGAACAAGACUUUAUGUUCUGAGGGAAUUUUGUUAAACCUUUAAAUUCAAAUAGGAGGAAAGGAGAGAGUGGAGAAACUGAUUGUCUUAAUCUUUGUUUUUUAAAUUGAGGGAAAAAAAUAAGAUUUAAGCCUCGAUUCUUGAGUCAGUGGCAAGAAGUCCUUUGGGAUUUCAUUUUGACAGACAGCAGUUUUCAUGAAUAUCAAGGGCCAAACUCAAUUGUCAGUGUAUAGAUUAAAAUAAAUAACUCUUAUAGAUACAGUGUUGAAUGGAAUUAAAACUGAAAGAAUCCAGGAUCAGGUUUUAUUUUUGUGAAGAAUCUCAAAUUUCUGGUCUUGUGGACACCUGGGUGCUUUCGGCCAUUUAUGACUGAUUGUGGAAUACCCCACUGUUUGCUGUUAGAAAUACAGUGGGGAUUACUGAGUAUAGCUGUGUAUCACACUAAUGUUAGCUCUAUCACCGGAUAUUCUUCCAAUGGGAGAUGCAUAGAUGCUGUACAUGGUUAUAAUCAAUUAUGUCAAUAAAUCCAUUUGCUGAAAGAAAA